AAGAAGAAGAAAAAGCAGAAAAUGAAGAAGAUCCUCCAGCCAUUUCACAUUAGAAUGGGCGCCAAUGAGAGACGAGCCAUUUUAUGUGUAGAAAGAGGAAGUGCAAGGAGAGGGAUCAAGUGUUUCUGUUCUGAUUUCUAACACUGGUCUAACUGUACACAUCCGAAAAGCCCUUAUUAAUAUGGUAAUGAUCUGAUAUGAGCCGCAGAAACGCGUUAAACGCCCCACGAUAAACCUGUUCAUCGCGAUGGCACAGACGCGCGAGGACGCUCUCCAGACGAUCACAGACAGCGAGGAAGAGUCCGCCUUUUCUUCAGAAGACGACGAAGAUUUGGAGGAUGAAAGCUUUCCUUUUCAGGAGCGAUUUGGUGCAACAAAGGAUACAAUUUGUAACGAGAAUGUGGUGCCUUCGGGUGCAUAUCACACAAGGGCGGCAAGCAAGCGUCAUUCAGUUUUCAGUGCUGCAGACAAUCUUAACCAAUGUGAUAAUGACCGUGAGCAGAUGCCUGCUGCAAAGAGAGCCAGGACUCUUUCAUGGAAAGCAGAGACUGAUGUUGACGGGGCUCCACAGACUCUGAGAUUCCUGCCUGCUCGGGAACCUGGACCGCAGUUGUCUACUGCUGACGCGAACUCUCCCAUGAGUCUUUUCAAACUGUUUUUCACAGACAGCGCCGUGGAUAACCUGUGCCACAACACAAAUGCUCAGGCCGCCAGGGCAGCUGCAAAGGGCCGCAAGUACAAGUGGACCGAUGUCAGUGUUGAUGAGCUUUACCGCUACAUCGGACUCGUUUUCUACAUGGCCGCGGUGAAGAUGAGCUCCAUCGCUGACUACUGGCGGGAGGACAGCCUUUUCUCUCUGCCUUUUUCCGCUACAAUUAUGUCAAGGGACAGAUAUCGCACCAUUUCAUGGAAUGUACACAUGAGUCACCCAGACGCAGACGAGGAAAACGACAGAAAGAGGGGCACAGCCCAACAUGACCGUCUGUUCAGGAUCAAACCCCUCAUGAACACGAUCCGUCUUGCAUGCAAAGCCUUCUAUCAUCCUAGAAGAAAUUUAGCUGUGAAUGAAAGAUUGGUGGCAUGCAGAGCAAAGAGAGAAGUGACACCGUGCAUGAAAGCCAAGCUGACAAAGUUCAAGUUUUUCAUCCUUUCAGACUCAUCAAAUGGAUAUACUGUGGACUUCUCUGUCUACACGGGCAAGAAUAGCUUUCCCACAGACCGUGGGCUUUCGUAUGAUGCUGUGAUGUCUCUCCUGGACCGUAAAGUUUUGGGCUCUGGGUACCAUGUGUACAUGGAUGAUUUCUACACAAGUCCAAAGCUCUUCACAGACUUGUUUGCUCUGAAGUUUGGUGCUUGCGGACGACAGAGACCAGAGGAAGGACUUCCGAAGACUGCAGCUAAUUCACUGAGCAGAAACUGCAGGAGGAUCCAUCAGGUGGAUUCGGACGGGCCUCUUGUGUGUGUGAAGUGGAUGGACGCGCAAGUGGUGUCUGUUUGUUCCACCAUCCAUGCUGCCUAUACAGGAGAGCGCGUGCAAAGGAAAAUCAAAGCACAGCAUACAUGGAAGGCAAAGUCUUUUCCAUGUCCUGCACCUGUGACUGCAUACAACCAGCACAUGGGGGGUGUUGACCUGUCCGAUCAGCUGUUGCAAUACUACGCCGCACAGCACAAAACCAUGAAGUGGUACAGAAAAAUCUUCCUACACUUCUUGGACAUUGCCGCCAACAACGCUUUCAUAUUGCACAAAGAGCUGCUUGGCAGCAUGACUCGUGAUCAGUUCAUGGAAGAGCUUAUUGCAGAGCUCUGUGGCUUGUCACAGAAAGCAGCACCAAAACAGUUUAGCACAGAUCACGUGCCUGUUCCAGGAGCUCAGCUGACUUCAGACGUCAGAAGAAUUGCUACGGUCGGCCGCCGGAUCUGUGUGCAUUGCAAAGCCGUGCAUGGAAAGAAGCAACAAACGCCUUGGAAAUGCCAGGCUUGUGACGUUCACUUGUGUCUUCAGUUGAACAGAAACUGUUUCCAGGAAUGGCACAAAAAUCUGUGA